AUGUUUUCGCCCGCCGAAGCUGCCGGUGUUAUUGCUGUUUUGAAGGACAAAAGUGUUGAUGAGCUACGGAAGCUUUUGGCUGACAAGGAUGCAUACCAGCAGUUUUUUCUUUCACUCGAUCAGGUCAAAAUUCAAAAUAAUCUAAGAGAGGAGCUACGGAGGGAAACGCUGCAAUUAUCCAGGGAAAACUUGGAAAAAGAACCACGCAUGGUGGAACUUAGGAACCAGUGCAGAAUAAUUAGAACAACUGAGUUGGCCGCUGCUCAGGAGAGGCUAAAUGAACUUGAGAGGCAGAAAGAAGAAACUUUGAAGCAAUAUGCCCCUUCUUCUCUUCUCCAUAGGCUUCAAGAAGCGAUGAAUAAGACGGAGGAAGAAUCCGAAAAUCUGCACCAGCAGCUCAUUGAUAGGGAGGUUGAUCUUGGGGGUUUUGUGGAGAAGUACAAGAAGCUUCGUACGACUUACCACAGGCGAGCACUUGUUCAUCUUGCCGCGAAAACUUCUUCAAUUGGAUGA